CCAUCGCCAACAUUCCCUCCGACCCCCAGGCUCCAACAAACCUCAGUACCUUCAUUCCAGUUCCGGGGCUUUCAGGAAGACCAGAACGAUCACCAUGGCUUCCGCAGACCCUUUCGAUUCGGCAUUGGAUCUACUCCGCCGCCUGAACCCCAAACACACGACACAACAUCUCCAGUCGCUCAUCUCUCUUGCCCCCGAUCUGACCGAAGACCUACUCUCCUCCGUCGACCAGCCCCUCACCGUCCGCCGCUGCAAACAGACCGGUCGCGACUACCUUCUUUGCGACUACAACCGAGACGGCGACAGCUACCGAUCGCCAUGGUCUAACGAGUUCGACCCGCCCCUCGACGGCGGUCUUGGUGACGGAGGUGCUGGAGAUGGUGCCGGCGCCGCAGGCGUGCCCAGCGACAAGGUCAGAAGAAUGGAGGUCAAGGCCAAUGAGGCCUUUGACGUCUACCGGGAGCUCUAUUACGAGGGCGGUGUGAGCAGUGUAUACUUCUGGAACCUGGACGACGGCUUUGCCGGCGUUGUGCUAUUGAAGAAAGAAGCAAAGCCCGGCAGCGCCGGUGAAGGAUCGUGGGACUCAAUCCACGUUUUCGAAGCCAUCGAUCGCGCGCGAGUCACACAAUACAAUCUCACUUCGACGGUGAUCCUGUCUCUUUCAGCGAGCGGAUCAGGGCUGGGUGAUCUGGACUUGAGUGGCAACAUGACACGUCAGAUUGAGACUGAGCUGCCGGCCGAGAACGACGAGCAACAGAUUGCCAAUAUCGGCAAGCUUGUCGAGGACAUGGAGCUGAAGAUGCGCAACCUGUUGCAAGAAGUUUACUUUGGCAAGGCAAAGGAUGUUGUCGGUGACCUCAGAAGCGUGGGUACCUUGAGCGAUGCCGGCAGAGACCGACAAGCCCAAAGAGAGCUCAUCGGAAGCAUGAACAGGUUCUCGCGGGAUUAGUCUGUGCAAUAGUGCAUGCCUUGAGCCAACGCAACCAAUAAGUGGAAAUGCCAGAUAUACCAAAUAUACCGAAUAUACCAAAUACAUCCUCCAUCCAAGGCAAGUACUUGUAACCGUUGCAGUUGAAUCAGUAAGAAUCCCGGCAGGGCCUCCAUUAGGACGACUUGACUGGGUUUGCGCUAUGUAUGUGGU